UCAGUCUUGGCCGAGGGGCAACGGCACCAGGCGAAUCGCACACUCCACACCUGAACGCACCAACACAUGCACACACAGAUGACCGACCAAUCGACACACACAAUAUGGUCAUACCUGUUCGAUUCAACGCUGAUCGCUGCGCUCCGCUGCCCACUGCCGCCACAUCGUGUGUACGCUGUGUGUGACGGUUCAGCCUGGAAGCAGCCGUACCAUCCGCACCUGAACCACACACAUACUGCGGGUCUCUUGUCGAUUUGUGGUCUGUGCUGACGGCGGACCUGCCGGGGCAAAGAAGUCCGUGAUGCGCUGCUGAGUGGGGCUCAGAGGGGGCGGGAAGAGCGUCACCAGUAUGCUGCCGAGACUGGUACCAUCGAUGCUCCCAGGGACGGCACAAAUGCGAUCUGAAGAAGAAAAACAAGUAAGUGAGGGGAAGCUCGUGAAGUCUGGUUUUUCCUUACUGGUGGCGAACUCGGUGAUGCGGCGCUGCCUGGGGGGCACGGCCAAUGCCGGCGACGCAUCCAUGGCAUCAACUGCGAUGGCAGGCAGAGACAUGCAUUCGUGGGGAAAUGGCAGCGUCUGUCCUCUGUAUAUCAUUGCAUACCUCGGGGCGCUUUGGUGAAGGUCAGGUCCGUGUCUUCCACGGAAAAGCCGUACGCUGUUACAGCAUCAAGACGGAUCUCAAGGGCGGCUUCGUAGCCGGCUGGUAAGGUGAAGCAGGAGGGCUUCACCUCUGAGGUCUUGGUGGCGGAUGCCAGCAACGGACAGAAGUCAGUGUCCUCCCAGUCGUCCUCGUCAUCACACAGCAGCUGUCCGUCAAAGAUGAACUCGUCGAGAAACAUAUCCACCACUGAUGCGUUCUCCUGCAACACGGCACGCAGCAGCGGUAUCCGUUGCAAAAGGUCAAUCAAACACAAAUAGCCCCCUUUCUCCUCCUUCCCAACCUUUGAAACAUCGAUGACAAGCAGAUUAUCCGCGACAAAAGCUGAAGAUGACACAGCAUUGUCUGGUUGUAGCUCCUCGAUGAGCCAAACCACAUCAUCAAUCGGAAAGUCGUCCACUUCUUCGAGCUCCAUGGUCAGAUGCGCGAUUUGCGGAUAUCGCUGUCGUCGCUCCACCAGGGUUGGCAGAAAGCCGUGCUCCGAGCUGAGAGCUGUGUCGGUGGACAGCUCCUCCAAGUCACUCGAAAAGGUGGUGAGUUUCACUUCUCUGACGGUCUUGCGGGGGCCGCUCGUACCUCCCUGGAAAUACGCGAGACUUUCCAGGACGAGAAAACCGGGGAUGGUAGAAUCUAGAGCAAUCUUGAUGUCCGACGGUAGCGACCGCAGAAGGCUGCAGAGGUUGUUGUCGAAUGGAGGCGGCGAGAGGGUGCACGGAUUGCCUGGUGGUCGCUCGACGGUGUCCAGCCUCAACUCUACAGCAGCAUCGACACACACACACAUGCGUAGUGGAGGCUGAGCGAGUAUGCUGUCCAGCCUCAAUUCUGUAACAGCAUCGAUGCAAGAAGACGCGUGUUCGUUCUGUCACACCGACCUUGGAUGUUCGCGAACACGCCUUCCCUCCCGAUGCACUUGGGGAUCGCCUGCAGGGCAAGCUCGUCCGCUUUGUCAUCCGCUGUCAGCACCUUGAGCACCUUGGCUGCAGGGAAAUCCAACGACUGCAGAUCCGGGUGGAGGCUCAGCACCGACUUGCCGUACCGGCCGCACACGAUCACCACUCUGUCGCUGCUCCGGGCGUACCGACGGACAAGCGGAGCUGUCGCCUUCAGAGAUUGCAGAGACUCUUGGCGUGUCGAGAAGACCCUCCUAGGGUCGAAGAUGUCAGGGGUGUCCUCAUGCGAGCAGUCCAUGAUGGCAACGCCUCCCGAUCGAAUGACCGUCCCGCCCCACUCCUCAAUCUCUCGAAUCAGCCGCAGCGGGCGAGGGUUUGCCACAGCAUGACGCGACAAUAGGUCGGCCGGCAGUGACAGGUUGAGCACGAUGGGCGUGUGGAUGACGAGUGUGCGGGCUGGGACCGAUGGGCCUGUCUCUGUCUCGUUGCCGCUGCCGCUCUCCGCCAUCCUGUCCGCAGCUCUCUCGCUCUUCCUCUCCGAAUGCUGUCUGUCCUCCUCAAUCUGCCAUCGCCGCUCCUCCAUGCGCUUCAGCAGCGCCAUGACCUCACCACAGUCCUCCCACGUGCUGCUGUAAUCGUCACCGUCCUCAACCAGUGGGGGAACCAGCACGUGACCGAGAUGGGUCAGGCUAUCCAUGCCACCGAGGGCGUUGAAUGUGAGCGGCAGGCGACUGGGGGCGAGAGGGAAGACGUUCAGAGCCGUGAGCUGCGGGUGGCGGCGACAGAAUGAAGCCAGGCAGUCGUCAAACAGCAGGCUAAGCCGGUACGGAUCACCAUGUCUACUCCACCAGCGUUGAACUGGAUUUGGUCUCCACCAGGGGAGAUGGGGUUCGGCACAAAGGUCGACAACGUCGACAAUCCUGCCCGUGAGACGGCCCAUCGACGGACAGCGAAGCCGCAUGCGCUCGAAGAGGGCCAGUCCGGCGACGCUCUCAAUGUGAAGGGCCGCCAGUCGUGUCAUCGCCAGGCCACGCAAGGCCUGCACGACCACCCCAGCCGCAUUGCUGCCGUGCGGCGGCUGGUCCUCCCGAUCGCCAGCCUUGGCCCUCUUGCGCUUCAGAGGGUCGACGAUGGACAUCUCCUGCAGCUGGCUCGCAUAGAGACUCAAUCGGCGGAGACAGAAAGCCAUCAGCUGGUCCUCGAUGCUCUCCACUUUUGGCGGAAGGAUGACCACCGCUCGGCGCACGAACGUCGCAUCGACCUUUCUUAUCUUGCCCUGAUUGGGGUGGACAAAGCUGACGACAGUGAUGACCCCGUAGACCGCCUCAUACAGAGUGUGGCAAACGCGCGCGAGCCCCACUGGUUCCGCUGGCGGCAUCAGGUCAACGAGCUCCUCCCAGAGGCCGGCAGCCGCGACAACUCGAAGGAAGCCUGGGGCGCGCAUGGGGAGGGAGCCAACUGCAGAUGGACGACGGCCACGGGGCACGGGGGUGAGGGAUGCUACGCUGCUCCGCCGAGAUGAGGACGGCCGCGGGAUGAUGAAGCGACACUUGCGACAAUGCGCUGAAUCUGAGCAUAAGGACGGAUGGAGAAAGCCGUAAGCCCUGUCCCCCCUUUGCGUUCGUUGUCUGACGCACCUGAGAAUGAAGCGAUAUCCUUGAGCUGUCCUGUGAUGCCGUCUGACCCGAAUCGCACCGACACAUCGCCAUCGAUCGACUGAGGCAGGAGCAUCUUGGUUGCAAGCUGGUGGUGUAGCGGCGCGAGGAGUUCCAUCUCUGGCAGCUCGAAAGAAGUGGUCGGAUCCUCCAGCUGUGAUGGGGUCAUGCUGGCGAGGUGGUAGGCGAAGUUUUGCAGCCAAGGUGGGCUGCUGAGGGCUGUGGUGAGGCCUUUGCCGUCGGAGCGCUCGCCGGUGUAGUAGGCGAUCAGCUCACUCAGCCCUGCAAGAUAAGUCGACACUGCCACACACACACAAGGCAUCACAACCAUCUGGUUGGGUCGAACCCUGGGAAGUGCGUUGACAUAAGCGCACCUUUCUGCGAUGCCACGUGUGGAUGCGCCGGUGGAUAGCCGAACCGCGUGUACUCCACAUGAGCUCGGAUCGAGUUGACGAAGUGAUCGAGGGCCGCUGGAUGCACACGGCCACGGUGGAACAGAAACGGCGAGGUGUCAACGCACUGGACCAGACAAGGGUGCAUACUCGAGAAGUCCAUAUGAAGACGCCCUUCCCCCCAUUUCCUUUUUGCCUACCUUGUCUUCCAGAUGAGCGAAGUAGAUGUGUGUGAUGGUAUCCAGGUCGGCCCCCAGCUUGGGCUUCGUAUGCCGCUGACAGUCGAGAAGCGAGGGAAGGUGUCCAGUGGCCGACCAUGCCCAAAGCAUGCGAAGGUCCUCCACAUAUCGAUCGACAUCGAGGCUGGAUGCUGUCACUCCAAGUGAUUCCAUCUGCAUGAAAACCAUGAAUGAGGAGCAGAAGUCUGUGAUGGUCCCUCAUCGAUGGUUCUUGUCCAGUGCAUACCUGUGCUUUGACGUAGCUGCGGAGUGCCUCCCGCAGUCGAUCGAUCCACACCACUUCGAGCGCGUCGCACCACACUGACGAAGACGCCGAUGCAGGUGAUGGAUCGAUGUCCAUCUGAAGAUGCAUAAAGAGCAUGACACACACGUCGCGCCGAGCUGGGCCAUCUUUGGCAGCCGCGUGGGCGUACCGUGUCACUGGAUGCGGGUGGUGUGUCCCAUCUCUGGAUGAGCGAGAGGUGGAGGGCCGGAUGGGACACCACUGGAGGCGACAGGCUGAGGAGCAACGUGUCUGCAUCGAUGCCAUACACACAAUACGAUCGACUCGCAACGGGCGCGUGCCUAAUGCAUGUACACAGUCACCAAACAGGGGCAGAAUGAGCCGUGUUGCUCUCAAUCGCCUCGUCUUUUGGCAGCUGCCCUACCCACUGUGUGCGAUUUGCGAUUGGAUGAAGUUGAAGAUGGCUGUACUUGUGCCUCCAGCACGACACGGCAGCAGCAGAAGACAAAGGCCCGGAUGAUGGCGAACCAAAGAAUCAGCACAGCACCUGCGUAGACAGCACAAACGGGCGCACGCUGACAGAGGUUGGCUGGCCCACACAUUCGACAAAGUCACCUCACGGCUUGGUCGAGGAGAUUCUGCGAUUGGCCACUCGUAUGUGGCUCUUGAUCCACUUGCAUGGCGUCUGUUUCAUCAAUUAUCUCGGCUGCCGAUGACACGAGAGAUUCUGAACCACACACGUACACAAUGUGUAUUGGUGUUUGGUCAUUACGUGUUUCGUGACUGACCGAAUGCGAGCAUGACGAAUGCUUUGGGACGAAUCGCACGAAUCAAUGUGCCCGUCCGCCUCUCCACUUCGGCAGUGAGAGCAUCUAGUGUGUCGUCGCCGCCCGCCAGGCCACUCAUGAGUGUCUUGAUACACACCAGCAGCCCAUCAGCACCCACAGGACUGGAUGAAGGUGGAGGACAUGACCCAUCCCCGUCGCUGCCAACCGGCAAACAACCUGAGCGCAUCACACAGCCCAUCUACCUCUGGCAACGACCCCUUCCACGUAUUCUUUUACCGCAGCAUUCAGGGAAUCGAUCCAGCAACCACUGCGUCAGGCUGCUGGACUUGCACAACGACGUCAGCCGACCAAGACGCAUCCACUCGGCGGCAAUGGCCGAUGCUGGGCCGGACAGCUCACGAAUGAAAUGGCGGGCGCUGUGAGGGCUGAACAACACAGGGAUCGAUAAUCAAUAUGUGUGCACGUAUGUGUCUGUGUGCGUGAGUGUGCUGGGUUCACCUGUCCGAAUCGUGCUCGAUCAGUGGCUGAACACUGUGUGACCGCGGCAGCAGCACUCUCAGGGAAACAGAGAGGGAACAGCGGCUGUGGACAUCAAGGAGCAGGUCCUGCCAAACACGGGUACAUUCAUACCACCACUUCGACGAUGGAUGUGUGCGUGUCUGUGUGUGUGUGUGAGUGUGUCACCGUGCAGCAGAAUUCCUUACCACCAGCUGUCUUUUGAUUCGCUCUAUUGUUUGUGGCAGCGCCUCGACUCUCAGCAGACGAUCAGUCUGCCCCGUCGCUCUCCUCACGCACAGCCGCCCAUCGUGUGAUUCAGAUAGCUCCAGCAAACGACGCAGAGCAUCUGCAGACAGACAGGUCCCUACAUGCAGCGCGCAGACAAAGCCAUCACCGCAUUUCUCUUGUGCUUCUCACCGAGUUGUUCUGACUGGUUGCACAGACGCUCAGGCACUGCCUCGUUCAGCAGCACGAGAGGCAGGGACACCGGCGGCACUCAGUCCAUCGGCGGGAUGAAUCAAACGAAAGAUGCAGCCGUCAUUCGUGCUGGUGGGUACUCACGUGCGACGGACACGCUCUGGCGCGUCGGGAAAAGCAU